UGGGAGGGAAGACUCUGGCCUCUCUGUGCAGCUCUUUAGUUAAAUCCUGUCUUCGGCUUCACGUGGGUGUCUGUCCUUUGCUAGUGUCCGUAGAGGACAACGAUCGUGUGGGUAGAUUGACAGGGUCUGCCCUAGAAACUUCUGCCAAUUUAGUAACGUUGCUUCAGGAUGCCACGCAUUUAAAAACAAUGCUUUCAAGCUAGCUCAAGUCCUAGCACGGUUUAUCAUGCUAGUUUGUUCUUGGCGUAGCUUAUUUGCUGAAGGAACUGUUGUUGAUGUAGCUUCUAUAGCCUUAUAUAUAUGUGUGUGUGUAUAUAUAUAUGAAUAUAUGCUGAUAGAACUAGAACACCAAGUCAUUUUCAGUGCAGACAAGGGCCUACUGAGGAGGGGCUGACUGGUGAGAUCAGCUGUGGGAGGAGCGUGCCAUUGAAGUAGGUGACCAAUCUUUAAAAUUUAACUUUGAUACAGUAACACUGUUGCUCUGGGUUUUAAUGAAGGGAAUGAAGUCAUCCCUUGGAGGACUAUGAUCAAGCGCAUAUAAAAUCUUCUGUUUGUAACUUUGGCUAGCCACAGCUGGUGCAGAGAGCUAGGAUUACAAUGCUGCUAAUAUUUUACGUAAACAAGACAGGUACCGGGGUCUGUGAAGAAGCAUGGCCAAGUAGAAGUGCGCCUGUGCUUGAUUAUUGGUUGUGGCAUUAAGGAAGCCAGAGAACUUUUGGCAAAUACGGUUUACUGGCAUCCUGUGCUUGCUGUUGAAAUACUUCCCUGAAGAAUGAAAUGUGGGAGCUGUUUUCUGACAGGCCCGCAGGCAUUAAGGGCAGAAAUUAAGUAUGCAGUGCAAAAUUGAAAUGAGAACCUUAGGAGGCAGUAUCAUCUUCAGAAAGAAUAUUUAUCUUCUUUUAUUCUGGCAGGCUGUGAAAAACUGUUAGUAAACGGGCCAAGGAUAGAAUUCAAAUUGCAGUAAAACGUAGUGCCUUUCAGUGCUGUGACUCAUAUUAUCUUUGUGAUCUCCAGGGUUAGCAUCAUUACAUCCUUAUUCUGAACAAAAGAUCUGACAGGGACUGAGCAGGUUCUUACAUUAUUAUGGUUGAGUAUUAUGCCCCCUGUAAUGAGCAUGCUUCUGGUCUGUCAUGAUACAUACCGGUUAAUCGUUUAUUUUUGUAGGUAAGCGACAUUUGGUGUUAAUGUGCAAGAAAACAACAAAAUGUAAAAUCAUUCUGUGUCUUCUUAGGCCACGGUGAGGAGUAAGUUGAUGAAAAAAUGAAGUGUUCUUAAAAUAAAUGCAAGACACUGAAGUACAAAGGAUGUUUUAAAGUUAAAGAGCAGGAAGCAUGAGAGGUGUCAUUACAGUAGUAACUACAGCAACUGUUACAGUUAAAGCUGUGAAUAAAUUUUGUGUACAUUUCUAUGAAAACUGAAGGAGCCUGGAUUUUUGUUACUUUAGACUUUGCAGAUUAAAGUUACGGGCUGCUUUUUCACUAAUGUAGGAGGUACUUGUUCAGUCAUAGCAUAAAUCAAAUACCUCAUUAAAAGUAAUAGUAAGAAUUCUUCCCUUGUUGAUCACCUGAGAAGAGAAGAACUGGGAAGGAGAAGGAGAUACGCAGACUGAGGUGUGCCUUUUACCGUAUUGGAACUGAAGCGCUAUGGAGCAGUACACAGCGAAUAGUAACAGUUCCACGGAGCAAAUCGUUGUGCAGGCUGGACAGAUUCAGCAGCAGCAGCAGGGUGGUGUCACUGCUGUCCAGUUGCAGACUGAGGCCCAGGUGGCAUCCGCCUCAGGCCAGCAAGUCCAGACCCUCCAGGUAGUCCAGGGUCAACCACUAAUGGUACAAGUAAGCGGAGGUCAGCUGAUCACAUCAACUGGCCAGCCGAUCAUGGUGCAGGCUGUGCCUGGGGGUCAGGGCCAGACAAUCAUGCAAGUCCCAGUUUCUGGAACACAGGGACUGCAGCAGAUUCAGUUGGUCCAGCCAGGUCAGAUUCAGAUUCAAGGUGGGCAGGCUGUGCAGGUACAGGGGCAGCAGGGCCAGACCCAGCAGAUCAUUAUACAGCAGCCACAGACUGCAGUUACUGCUGGCCAGACACAGACCCAGCAACAAAUAGCAGUUCAAGGACAACAGGUAGCACAAGCAGCUGAAGGCCAGACCAUAGUCUAUCAGCCAGUUAAUGCUGAUGGAACCAUUCUCCAACAAGUUACAGUCCCUGUUACAGGCAUGAUCACCAUUCCAGCAGCCAGUUUGGCUGGAGCACAAAUUGUCCAAACGGGAGCCAACACCAAUACAACCAGUAGUGGACAAGGGACUGUCACAGUGACGUUGCCAGUUGCUGGAAAUGUUGUCAAUUCAGGUGGAAUGGUUAUGAUGGUACCUGGAGCUGGAUCAGUACCAGCUAUCCAGAGAAUACCUUUGCCUGGAGCAGAAAUGCUGGAAGAAGAGCCCCUCUAUGUAAAUGCCAAGCAGUAUCACCGGAUCCUUAAGAGGAGGCAGGCACGUGCUAAGCUUGAAGCGGAGGGAAAAAUUCCCAAAGAAAGAAGGAAAUACUUGCAUGAAUCUCGGCAUCGUCAUGCCAUGGCCAGGAAGCGGGGAGAAGGUGGACGUUUCUUCUCACCAAAGGAAAAAGACAGUCCUCAUAUGCAGGAUCCAACUCAGGCCAAUGAAGAAGCAAUGACACAGAUGAUCAGAGUCUCCUAACCACUGCUUAAA